AUGAAUCGCUCGGAUUGUAAUGACGCAAAUAAAUAUGCUGAGGAGGUAAUUAAAUAUUACAAAGAAAAAGCGUUCCGAUUGAUUCUUCUGAAUGUACAGCAUGAAGAGAGAUUGUCGCCAAACUUGAAUGAGCAACUUCAAGAGGUUAGCAGAUUAACUCAGCUGUUACGUGAUAUGGCACGUGAAUGUGAUCGUGGAACCUGUGAUCAUCAAAGACAGCAAAUGGUUUGUGAUCAGAUUGCUCAAAUUAUUAAUCGCGUUGAGCAACCGUUUGUUCCAAUAAUGCUUGAGCUGCGCCACAAUUAA